CGGGCCCGGCUCUGUCUGCCUGGGGCGGGGACGCUGCCGACGCGUUUCCUCAGUCUUCCCGCCAUUUUCUGGGUCUCUCCUCUCCCCUCCUCUCUGUGCAGUCGCUGAAGCAGAGCCCUGUGAGUAAACUUUAAAAUGAAGGUUUAGAAGACAAGAUUCUGCUUGCUGCUGAAGUAAAAAAAAUCUUUAUAAGCAAGAUCUUGAAGUGCAGUGUAACAUCACUGUAGUUUUGUUUUUAGAACAAGCUGAAAGCUUUCAUUUUGGAAGAGUUAAAAUGACUGUGGGUGGGGGUUUUUAUUUCAUAUGAGGAAAACUAUUUAAGUAAAUAACUUUUGCAGGUCAAUGAGUUAAUAUUUACACCUGUUGCUUUUAAAUUAAUAGUAGUAUUCUAUUUUAAUAGUAAAUUUAUGUGAAUUAAGGAAAAACAUAAGUGUUUGCAGAGAUCAGGGAUUUAAUUGAUGUAAAAAUGUGUCCCAAUUUGAUGAACAAAACACAUUAAGACAUCCCUGAAAUAAAAAGUGGUUUCUAGUCUUUGAAUAGCCACUCUAAUCCAGAAUAGCAUUCAGUUUUGUGGUGUGAUCUGAUACUUCCUUUUUCCUGUGCAGACUCUUUUUAUUAAAAUACUGAAUAUUCAUUUAAAAUGACCAAAAAAAUACAACUGGAAUAAUACCCCAGAUUUUUUCAUAUCUUUGGAUCUUUUGUGCUUACAAAAAUAUUUUAAUCAUGAGCUGUGGAAAUGAUUUUGUGGAAACUCUUAAGAAAAUUGGAUAUCCAAAAGCUGAUGAGCUUAAUGGAGAAGAUUUUGACUGGCUGUUUGAGUUGUCAGAAGACAAAUCGUUUCUGGAGUGGUUUUGUGGAAAUGUAAAUGUGCAGAAUGUGGUAUCUAAAAAAGAAAUGCAAGAUUUUGAUAGUCUUCUUGAGUCUGGUAAGCCCAUUUUGGAAGGAAAUGCACUGGAUGAAGUCCUUAAAACAUUGAAGCCUAUGGAUUCAAAGACCAGUAGCCAAGAGGAGGAGGAAGAUGAGGAGGAACUGAAGAGAUUAGAGGAUGAACUUCAAACUCUUCAGAAGUUAAAAGAACUUCAAAUUCAUCGGCAUAAUAAGCUUCAAAUGAUGGUUUCUGCAAACAGCCAUAUGUUACAAACAUUAAAAAGCAGAGAGGAAGAAGCACAUAAAGAUUUGAAAGAAGGCCUGGAAGUGUUUACUGCAGCAAAUAAGAAGCUUAAUAAUGAACUGCUGUCUCUUACGGAUGCAGCUAAGAAACUGGCCUCUUUCUUCACUGCUUCAGAUUCAGACCAAGGAUCAAGUGCACCUCUGGUGUUUUUUUCCCAACUUUCUUUGGACAAGUAUUUGUCUCAGGAAGAACAAAGCACUGCAGCACUUACCUCGUACAUAAAAAAACAUUUUUAUCAAGGUAUGUCUGAAUGGGUUGAAAAAUCACAUGAAGACAGCUUUCAGCUUGUGGAUAUAAGCAAACAAGUCACUUAUGAUGAGACUAAUAAAGUUUGUGAAGAGAGUCAAGAGCUGGCCAGGCUCCAGACAGCGUAUAUUUGUGCUCAACAUCAGCUAAUUCAGAUGCAAGUUAAAGAUGAGAUCAUGAAUUCAGCUAUAAAAUGUGCAGAGAGCAUCCUGCAGUCAUUGAACACGGGUAUUGGAAAACAGGAAAACCUUGUUGCUAAGAUAUCUCAUUUAAAUGAUGAAAUUUCAACAAUUAGACAAGAAAUAAUUCAGAUAAACAAAGAGCUGCUUCCUCUUCUGAAAGAGAAUGCACGCCAUUUGAGCGCGCCAGUGGUGAAAGAAUACUUGGAUCGUCAGAUUGCUCAGCAGGACUAUCAUGCUUCAAGACAAGAUGAAAUAUGUAGGCAUUUGGUAAGACAGAAAGCAUCAUUUGAACUUAUUGAGCUAGCCUAUGAAAUGGAAUUGAAGAAACACAAGGAGGUCUGCUGUCAACUUGAGAGUUUAGUAGAAUCUCUGAAACAGAGCAGUAACGAGUUGCAAGAGAGACUACAGGUGAUAUCUGAGCAAACUCAACAUGCCAAGCCAAGAAACACAAUUAGUUCAAAGGAUGGUUUCUCUUGCAGGCUAUAUCAGCUUCUGGAAGGAGAAAAUAAACAGCAAUUGUUUAAAACAUACAAAAACCUGGAGAAGAUGGCUCAGAAGUUAAAGCAGGACUGUGCUACAGUACAAGAUCAGCUAGCAGCGUCUUCUCAAGAACAGUCUCUCUUUUUGUCCAAGCUAAAAAGUGAUGUAGAUACCCUUCAGGAUGCUCUGUAUCGUGGAGGAAAUGAGAUACAGCUCAGUAGUUGGGAACUUACUGAGCAGUUUCAUCAACUGGAAGUUGAUUUAAAUAAAUUAAAUCAACUCCUUAUGGAUCUGAUUGCUGAUGUGAAGUCAAAGAGAAACUUUUUAGAGUCCAGUAAGCUGCAUCAGAUGGAAAGAAACUUGUAUGUGUAUUUUUUCAAAGAUGAAGACUGCUUGAAAGAGAUGGUAGAGAAGCUUGAGCAGCAGUCUGAGGCUAAAGCCAGUGGUCUGGAAGAUUAGAAUUUCACCAGCACUGAAGUUCUUAAUGUUUAAACUUCAAUGUACUCUUAAGAAAGGAAAACAUGUUAAUGUAAACUGUCCACAAGUUUAUGGAAUGAUAAGUACUAGCUUAUCAAGGCUAACAUUUAUCUGUCAUUGCAAUGUAUGUUUAACUACCACAGAUAUCAAGUUUGGAUUGUAUGCUGCUUUAUGGCUUUUGGCAUCUGCCCACCGAGUUCAAAUCUCAGUUUUGUUAAAGUUCUUUGACAUGAAGUAAUAUGUUGGUUAUUUGAAUUAAUUACAUUCAGGCUGCUCUGCUGCUAGCCUGUGUGUUAAUUUCCACAGUAUAGCACAAAAAGGAAGAAUGCUGAGAACCUUUGAUAUGUGAACUGAAACAUAAAUGCAGAGAAGGCAUUCCAGAUUUUGGAACAUGAAUGCAAUGUGCGGCUUCUGAAGAGGAGAGUUCUCCAAGGCAGAUAUUCUGUGAUUGUUUCCCUUACAGUUCUCCUAAGAAGAUUAAGUUUUGUUAGAAAUGUGUUGGGUUAUGUACCCGAAACUUUUUUCAAGUACUUUUCAAGACUAUCUGUUUUAAGACCUUUCCGAUAUCUUGGAAUUUAACUUAUGGCCUGUCUUCUCCAUUGAAACCAGUCCAUACUCAUACUGGACUCUUCAAAGAAAAAUAAUUUUAAAUUUACUUUUUAGACUCCUGAAUUUGCUCUGUGAUUUAUUAUGAUAGGCAUUUCAAUUCAGAAUCCUGAUGCUUUCAUACUUCUGCUUUCAUGUGCAUUGGUAGACUGUUAUCAAAUUUUUAUAUAGCUUCCUAAUAUACUAGUGGAACUAGAUAGGCUUUUAUAGUAUGAUAACUUCCAGUCUUGUGUAUUUUGAUGGGAUCAACUGUGCUUUACAUAUUGAUGAAGGUUAGUAAAUUAGCUUUAACUUCAGUAACAGUAGUCUUAAAACUGUUUUGAUGACAGACUUGUAUGUGAGUAUAACAUUUUUAAAUGUUUAAAUUUCUUUUUAACUUACUGGUUGGAUGUCUUUAUAUCUGGAUUUCAUGCUGCUUAACUCUAUACAUUGUGUUUAUUAUUAAAUGCCAAACACUAUAAA